UGUAUUUUAACGGCGGGAAUAGUGCGGCAAAGCAUUCAAGAUGGAUAUUCGACCCAAUCACACCAUUUACAUCAACAAUCUGAACGAGAAAAUCAACAAGGAGGAGCUGAAAAAGUCCCUGUACGCUAUCUUUUCCCAGUUCGGCCAAAUCCUGGACAUUGUUGCAUACAAAACGCUAAAAAUGCGGGGCCAAGCAUUUAUCAUCUUUAAGGAAAUCUCAAGCGCAACGAACGCGAUGCGCACGAUGCAAGGAUUCCCGUUUUACGACAAACCGAUGCGCAUCAACUACUCCAAAACGGAUAGUGAUAUGAUAGCCAAGCUGAAGGGAACGUUCCAGGAGCGACCAAAGCGCGUCAAGCAACCGAAACCGAUACAGACGGAGGACAAGAAGGCAAAGAAAUUGAAGAAUGCCGGUGAGGUUGGUGCAACGAACAACUCUGCCACGGCGGAACAGCCACCUAAUCAAAUCCUGUUCCUGACGAACCUGCCGGAGGAAACGAACGAGAUGAUGCUGUCGAUGCUGUUCAACCAGUUCCCGGGCUUCAAGGAGGUGCGGUUGGUGCCGAACCGGCACGACAUUGCGUUCGUGGAGUUUGCGACCGAGCUGCAGAGUGGUGCGGCACGGGAAGCACUGCAAGGAUUCAAGAUUACACCGACGCACGCGAUGAAGAUAUCGUUCGCGAAGAAGUAAG